AUGUCUGCCCCCACGACUGCUCAUCAACAAGCUACCAGUCGCAUCCUCCGUUAUCUCAAAGGCACUCCUGGUGCUGGUAUUUUUCUUCCUAGCACCUCUCCCAUUCAACUGAAAGCUUUUUGUGAUUCCGAUUGGGCCACCUGUCCUGAUACUCGCCGUUCGGUAACUGGGUUCACCGUCUACCUUGGCAACUCUCUCAUCUCGUGGCGCUCCAAGAAACAAUCGACUGUCUCCCGUAGUUCUUCUGAGGCUGAGUAUCGUUCACUUGCCAGCACGGUGUGUGAAAUACAGUGGCUACAUAUUUGCUUAAUGAUCUCCACGUUGCUUACACGUCCCCUGCUCUCAUCUAUUGGGAUAACCAAUCUGCCAUACAAAUUGCUUCUAAUCAAGUUUUUCAUGAACGUACAAAGCACAUUGACAUUGACUGCCACAUUGUUCGUGAAAAAGUUGUCGCGGGUCUGA